AUGGCUUCUCCCUGCUGUACUUCUGGCUUCAAGCACGAGGGUACUCCUGUCGGCGAGAUCAAGGACGCCAACGGAAUCGCCACCUACUUUGCUACCCCAAAGAAGAACAAGAACCCUGAGCAUGCUAUUCUCUUCAUCUCCGAUGUCUUUGGGCACUUCAACAACAACAAGCUGCUGGCCGAUGAAUUUGCCAACCAGGGCUACUUGACCGUUCUCCCGGACCUGUUCAAUGGUAACCCAGUCCCUGCGGAGGCCAUGGAUGCCGGCAAGUUUGACCUCGGCUCUUGGAUCGUCAACUACCAGCCCGAUGUCAUCGACCCCAUCCUCACCACCAUGAUCAAAUACCUCCGUGAGACUCUCGGGGUGAAGCGCAUCGGUGCUGUGGGCUACUGUUUCGGUGCUAAGUACGUCAACCGGUUCUUGAGGAAGGGUAAGAUUGACGUCGGCUACUACGCCCACCCUUCUUUCUUCACCAUCGAGGACGUUUCUGCCAUUGAGGGACCCCUCUCGAUCGCUGCUGCCGAAAUUGACCCUGUCUCCCCCCCUGAGCUUCGUCACGAGUCGGAAGCUGCUCUGAUCAAGACCGGCCAGCACUGGCAGAUCAACCUGUAUAGUGGCGUUUCUCACGGAUUCGGUGUCCGCGGUGAUCUGAGCAACCUUCAAUUUAAGUGGGCUAAGGAGCAGGCCCAUGCCCAGGCUGUUGCGUGGUUUGACCACCAUCUGUAA